AAAUUGUUUUCUUGUAGCAAACAUGUCACUAGCAACUCAAAAAGCUUCAUUGACCAAUUCGUGUUAGGUUCUUGCGAUUCCUUUUUCCCAUUAAUUUACACCUUAAUUUAAUCAGGAUCAGACAACAUCGUGCCUCAAUUUCUGACUAAAUUAAUUAAUUUGGCAUCAGAAUCCUCCAUAUCUCUGCAUAUACUCUCCAAUGUACAAGAAUUUUAUGAAACAGAGUCGUUUUCCCCUUUUUUGGUCAAAGUUUUUUCGUCCUCCGCCAAAUUGACUCCAAACCCACAAUAUAAACCCAAAAUCAAUUGAAAUCUUUGCUGGGUUUUGUUUCUCACUGAUCAAACCCUAAUGGGUCGGAGGCAGAUCGAUUCUGAACCAACGCGUUGGGUCUCACUGAUCCUCCUCGUAAUGGGUCUUUUCUCUUGCUCUCUUGUGUAUAUGUUCAUGUCUUCGAUUUUAAGACCCAAUGAAGACGCCAAAUUUUCAUUAAUUCCAGAAGUUGAAUCUAUGGAAGUGGAAGAAAACGAUGGUGGCUGUUGCAGAGGAAUUGCUAACUUUGAGUUGUGGGGUGCUGCUGUGAAGUGGGGUUCGGAUCACAAGUUCAAUUCGUCAAUUGAGUGCUGUAAUGCUUGUAAGGCGAUGUGUAAUGUCAAUGAUGGGCCUUGUCUGUGUGAUUCUUGGGUGUUCUGCGGCAACCCUGAUGCUUGCGGGUCAAAAUUCGGCGAGUGUUGGUUGAAGAAACAGAAGGAUCCUAUGGCUCCUGAUAGGCAAGAAGCAGGAGAAAACACCAUCUGGACUUCUGGCCUUAUUUUUGGAAAAGGCGAGGGCAUUGUGAAAAUGGAAACAAAAUAUGGUGUUCUUCGCAUAAAACUUCUCCCCGAAUGUGCUCCACGUUCAGUUAUGUACAUUCUUGAGUUGCUGACAAUGCGUCAUUGUGUCGGUUGCCAAUUUUAUCGAGCUGAAGGUCGUGGCCAAUCUUGGAAUUCAAAAGGACAUCACUUGAAAUCGGCUUCAUUCGGACCUCCAUUUGCAUUGAUUCAAGGAUCACUUGAAGCCGAAGGAGUUAUUUUCAACAAAAUACCAACCGAAGAAUGUCCCAUUAUCCAAAGGGGUUCGGUUGCAUGGAUCGGUUCGGGUCCCGAUUUUUUUAUAAGUUUAGCGAAUCAUGAAGAAUGGAAAAAGUCGUACACGGUUUUCGGACAAGUUCUUCCGGAAGAUAUGGAAAUUGCAGAGAAAAUUGCGACACUUCCCACAAUCCCAGAUGUUUGGAACAACAUUAACGUAUCCGUCUUAGAAAAACCCGUGUCCUUUUCGGUUCGAAAGUUUAACAAGGUUUCGAUCAAGGCCUAACAAUUUCUAUAAUUUUGACUUAUAUUUUAUUCCUUUCUUUAUUAUAUAUUUGCUUCAUUAGUUUACAA